GCCAGACUGCACACUGCGGGAAUUCCCUGUACAGAACCUAUAUUUUUUACGCCCACAUGCACAUUUUCAUGGCCUCACUUCAGCAAACUUCCUCAAAUAUGCCGUUAAGCCAUACUUCCUCUGUUCGGAGCGCGCGCACUUCCUACAUACUUCAAUAAAGUAGCUCUGAGAGCCACAGCGGAGUGCGCGUGCCUUUGCAGACGGACCCCGCGGCUCGCGCUGGGAUUGACGAACCUAAAGCGGAGUAUGUUCGAUUGCUGAAGUGGAUCCGGUAGAUCUGAGUGCUCCAUCCUUCCAGCAUGCAGAGCAUCAAGUGUGUGGUUGUGGGAGAUGGUGCAGUGGGGAAAACCUGUCUGCUCAUCUCUUACACCACUGGCGCCUUUCCCAAAGAGUACAUCCCCACCGUUUUCGACAACUACAGCUCCCAAGUGAGCGUGGACGGCCGGACCAUCAGCCUCAACCUGUGGGACACGGCAGGACAAGAGGAAUACGACCGUCUGCGCACGCUCUCCUACCCCCAGACCAACGUCUUCGUCAUCUGCUUCUCCAUCUCCAGCCCACCGUCCUACGAAAACGUCAAGCACAAGUGGCAUCCCGAGGUAACGCACCACUGCCCCAACGUUCCCAUCCUCCUCGUGGGCACCAAGAGUGACCUGCGUAACGACCCGGAGGUGCAGAAGAAGCUGAAGGAUCAGAAUCAGGCUCCCAUAACGCCGCAGCAGGGCCAAGUGCUCGCCCGCCAAAUCCACGCCGUCAAGUACAUGGAGUGCUCGGCGCUCAGCCAGGACGGCAUCAAGGACGUGUUUGCCGAGGCUGUUCGCGCUUUCCUCAACCCUCAGCCCGCUUCGCCCAAAAGACCCUGUGUGCUUCUCUGAAAACCCAAGACCUGAGAAAUAUGCUUAUAGAAAUUCCAUGUUAAUAUAAUAAUAAGAAAUGUAUGAAGAGAAUCGUUUUUCGUUUUGUUUUUGGAAAGGGAUUGCAGGAGGAGUCAGGAGUCGGUGGGUGUUCAUUCUUUACAGGCUGUGAAAAUAAUCAGUCUUUAAUACUGUACACUCAGACAAACACAGCAAAAAAACACACAGGGAACAUGUAUGGCAGUCAAGAGUCCAGGAAAUUCUAAAGCACAUAAAAUAUACAUAUACAUAUAUAUAUAUAUAUAUAUAUAUAUGUAUAUUUUCUAUAUUCUUAUUUUAUAUUCUUAAUCACGUAAUGGUAUUUUGGAGCAUGGAGGAUACACGAUUGUGGAUUUUAUGACCUCAUGAAAGGUUUAUGGCUCAGUCUAAAGAAAUUUACACACUUUUCCCUUCAACACAAGUGCAGUAACAAAAGUCCUGGAAGUCCAUUUCUGUUACCCUCAUGCCACUUGUGAGCUGAACAGUGGUGUAAUGAUUGUAUAUUCACAGCAAAGAUAUGAUAUUUGAUAGACAAAAGUAAAAUCAUAGCACAAAGAACACAUAAAUCUGUAAUAUUGCUAAAUCCGCGCAACAAUUAUGUAAAUAAAAGGAAUAUACUAUUAGGUAUACUAAUGUACUAAAUAUGUUUAUUAUCUACAGCUCUAACUGUACUGAAUAAAACUGUUAGUUAUGAAUAGUUUAAAUCGUAAUGCCUUUAACUGAGAGUUAUUAAGUUAUUAAUAUAUGGUUAUAAGUAAGAGAAUGAAUAUAAACCUUAUGGAAAAUAAACACGCCUAUAAAUAUAAACAAAAUUUAAACAGCACAUUCUGACCAAUCAGAAAUGAGGAUCCAACAUCAUACCCUACUAAAAAAUAAAUAAAUAAAUAAAUAAAAUCUCAGAGUGAAAUAGACAUCUAAUACUUAUUUAAAUAAUGUAUUAGGACGUCUCGGAUGAUGGACUGCAUUUGAAGUAAAAGGGAAAAUUGUGUGAAUUUGAUUAAUUAAUGAAGUGAUGCGUGUAUAAUUAAGAGUACUAUUGAUAUCUAUGCAGUUAAUGCUUGUGUACAAUCAGGGGCUUGAUCUUCCAGGUUAUUCUAAAGCUUUUCAAUGUCUUUAAGGUGCUUGUUGGACUACAGGAUUGUAGCUCACUGAGUUGUAAGUGCAGAGAGAGAGAGAGCGUCUGCAUCAGCAGCUGCAGACCAUUCAGUGCAGGGAAACCUCAGUCAUGCCUCCACCACACUACUUCCCCAUGACUUCGAUUUGAUUGGGGGGAAACAGGCAUCUGGGCAGUCUAAUCAGGAAGCAAAGGCUCCAGCUGACCUCACACUCCAUUCUCGUUUACCGUUUCCCAGCAGGACAGGGUGGGGCUUCGGUGGGAAGCGGCUCGAUAUUAGAAAAGCUGUCACUUGCAGGACUUGAGGAAUCAGGAAUCAGCUAGCAAUGUUUUUCUGUCUUGAAUUCUAUGGACGUUUAUUAAAAUCACACUAUGAGCAGUUAUGCAUUGAAAAUGUAAGGAAAACCCUACAGAACAGAACUCAUAAAUAUAAAAACAUGAAAACAUUUGGCCAGAUGAUUAAUAACCCGGAAACCCAGAUUUCCGCCAGUACAGUUUCUCAAUCUCAAAAUAACCCAGCACCUUGUAACACAAACAUACUAGGA